UGCGAACGCGAUGGCAUAUUAAAAAAUUCUCAAGUUCUUAGCUGCGAAAGAAAAUAUAAUUCCAGAAUGUAUACGUAAUCGGUGGCCGAAAAUUUCACUCGGAAUAAUGCUGGUGCAUCCUCCCAUCGAAAUCGUAGUGACGAUCGUGAGCAAUCCGAGUUUGAUAGUGCAGAGGACGACCAUAACCUUGAAGGACGAAGUGUUUCCCAGGAUCAGCGAUCUCUUCGCCGAGGUCGGCACGAUCUGCAACCAACAACCCUUCCGAAUCUACUGUCGCAUCGCAGAACGGGACUACGUACCUAUCUUCAACUUCAUCAGCCUGGUGGGCGGGCUCAAACUGACCUUCAGCCAUGCAAUCUACGUUGUGAUGGACGAAGCGAUCAUUGUCAGUACGCGAGCGGACAGCAUGAGCUUUAGGAACAUGCAACACAGAAGAGCGUCCGGCGAGGUUGUGAUCGGAAGUAUAAGCGACUACGGUUCCGAUGUGGGGGAGGAGGAGCUGUCGUCGGUCGUGCUGUCCGACAUCGAGCUGCUACAGUGUGCUCUGUUGGUCUUUAAGAGGCGCAGCGACAAUCUCGGGGCGGCGUUUCGAUACCUGUUCGUGAAAACGCCGACGUUGCACGGCUCCGAGCUCAGAGACGUCGCCAGACAGACGAAUAUUUUGCGAAAGGGUUUCCCGCAACCCAAAUCGAAACCCACCCACGAACCGUUCCCGGAACCAAAAGCGCCCCGUUCGCAGGCGGCCAGCAAAGCUUCGAGGAAGAAAGGGAAGAAAUAAUGCAAAUGGGCGGGGCCAACUCCGUCGCGAAGUUCGGCCCCUCCCACUGACCGAUGUCGCCGCUCACAAUAAGACUCGCGUCAGCCCUUCGAGGCCCUUGACGACAGGUCAAACCAUUUUUCUUUGUAAAAUGUGGCUCGACAGGGUUCUUUGUGCUCGGUGAUUGUUCUCUCAUCGGGGUCAGUGGGUGGGACCUAACCAACAGCAGACUUUGACGCCUCCCAUUGAUCUGCGUCUCCUCCCAUUUCCAGCUCGUCCGAAAUUUUACUGAAGGCCACUCCCAUCAAGAGAAUUGACUUCUCCCACUGAUCGAUGCCUCCACUCACAAGAUGACCUACAUCAGCCCUACGACACCCUUGACGAAAGUUUGUCCUCAAUUUUGCUGAUGAGAGUUCAGUGAAUUUUUCUGGCUUGCAUACACGGUUCUUGCGUUCAACGAGUGUUCUCUCGCGAAAAGCGUCACAGAACGGCACUCCCAUCAAGAGGAUUGGCUCCUCCCAACGAUCGCUGGUCCCCGCCCACCAGAAGAGUUGGAAAGCUUCUAGCUAUCAAGAUAAUGCGUACCAUCUCUCUGGCUUCGAAUUAUCGUGUACACUGUUCGCUUAAUGAUAAAACCGAGAAUGAGCGUG